AUGGAAACAGAAGAAGGUGAAAAUUCAAAAUCCAGUGGAGUUUACGAUACCUAUAUGAGCCAUGAACUUACUGAUGAAAAUCAGCUUGACUUAGCUGCAAAAGAGCUGAUGCGGACAAAACUUCUCAGAAUUAAAGCAUACAAAGACAGCAAAGCAAAAGUCCUUACUCCCCCCCCCCCCUCCGUGAGCGAACAAAAAAAUUUUGUUCGCUCACGGAGGGGGGUUAAUUUUUUUUUUUAAAAAAAAUUUAUAUAUAUAAUUUUUAUAAAAAAUAUUUUUUUCGAAAUUUAAAAAAAUCCUAAUUUGCAAAAAUUGGGAAAGCAAAUAUUAAUUUAAUUUGCAAAAUUUAUGUUUUAAAAACGCAAUUUGUUUAAAAUUAAACAGAAUUAGCUCUAGAUUUCAUUAUACUAAUUAUCACUUAUAUAUCAAAAUUUUUUUCCAUUAAAAUUUUUUCUAUUAAAAAAAUUUUUGUUCACUCACGGAGGGUGGGUUUUUGGUCAAAAAAUGGCGAUUUUUCUAAUGGUUUUGUUCGCUCACGGAGGGGGGGGGGGGGGGUUAGUAGCCAAGAACGUACAUGGCUUAGAAAAAGAGGAAAACGCCAAUAUAUUGAUUUUGAAGAUUCUAUUCGAAAUGAGCUUAGAAAAUAUUUUCUCUCAAUGGACCAGGAUGGAAGGGGUAGCAUUGGAAUUGACGAGCUAAUGGAGCCUUUAAUAGCACUUGGGCUCGCAGAAAAUAGGCAACAAGUUAAAGAACUUUUUGAUGCAGUUGAUACGGAUAAAUCAGGCCAAAUCGAAUUUGAUGAAUUUUUAGCGAUUUUAAAGGGUGGAGAUGGGAGUUCUCCAAUGGCAGAUUUUUUUAAACAAAUGACUAAAGGAACUUUAACAGAAGAUGCUAAAAAUUUACCCUUUAAACUUGUUGUAAGCAGCUAUAGGAGAAAAAUGCUGAUGGAAGCAGUUAUGACGGAUGAUCCUAAUAAAAAAGCUAAAGGAGAAAAAAUAAUGAAAGCGUAUGGCAGUCAGUUGGACUUAAAAAGUUCAUCGAGAAAAGCUGGAUCAAAGUCAGCUAGGGUUCUACCAAAAAAUUAA